AUGCCCAUAGGCCUGGAUGGAAAGUUUGGAACAGUUCAAGCAGCCAUAGUAGCAGGUGAUGCGCCUCUGCUGCUGUCGAGACCAGCCCUGAAAAGACUUGGGGCCAGCAUUGACUUUGCGAAUGAUCGCUUGUCACUGUUUGAUGGCAAGACCCAAGUCCAGCUGAAGUCCAACGUUGCGGGCCAAUACGUCCUCGACGUUAUGAACUUUCCAGUCCGCACCAUUGAGCAUGAGGUUCAGUUGGUGGAUGUGCCUUCCACUGCAUCCGAUGCCGGUCUGUCCAAGAAGUCAGAGAAUGAGCAAGAUAAGCAUAACGGGGAUAGCUGUGAUAAGGGGAUAACGGAUAAGACGGGGAAUAACCGGGGUAUAGAGCUCGAGUCCAAUCCAGUUUCUGCAUUAGGUCCUGCAUCCGUGUCAGUCCCGUCCGUGUCUCGUCCCUUUUCCAACGCACAGUGGUCCCCCAUUGCCAGUGAGUCUUUGCCUGGUCAGAGGCCGUGUUAUGAAUGUCUUGGAACCCAGAACAUUCCCAACAGUAAGAAACAGGGUGGCCUUACCAAGAAACAGGCAAAAGUCGAUCAAGCCAAGGUCAGCGAAUGGCAGACCCUGAUUGACAAACAAGCCGUCUGUGUGGCCUUGUCACCCAGUGAGAAAGUGAUGCUUGCCGAGUUGUUAGCCCGUGCCCAUGGAGUUGAUGAUGAGCCCGAAGUUCCUACGCCUACGAGCUUUGCAGUGAUUGAGGAAGAAGCCUUCCAUGGAAUGGGGGAAGCAGCCAAGCGUCGCACAGAUGAACCCACUGGCGAGUCUGAGUUGAAGCGCAGUUAUGUCGCAAAGAUCAAGAAUGAGGUGGUUGGACACACACCCAAGGGCAAGCCCAUUAUCUUGCCCCAGGGAGUGAAUGAUCUUGCGUCGUGGGGACGCACCAACAUCAUGUUUGGCAAGUUUGCUGCGAAGAAGGGAGUCACAGAGAUCACAUACACGGAGGUGUUUGAUUCCAAGAAUGCGGAGGAUAUUCGCUAUGUGCGUUGGGUCAAAGGACAAGUGGAAUCAGCCAGUGGCCAUCUUCUUGAUCUCUCCCUCUACUUUCUUGCCCGUGAGUCGCAUGAGAGUUUGAUGCAGCAGCUGCCUAUGAUCCCUGGCACUGACACCGUUCGUCGUUUCAAGUGA